AAUGUUUACAUUCUGAAGAAUUUCAUCAGCAGGCCUACAUCUACGACAUAGUUGUCCAAGGAAAGCCCUUAAUUCCCAUUCAACAUUUUUCGAAAAAAACUCGACAAAAACUAAUCAAGCAUCGUAACAACGAUGUCGUGUCACGAUAACGGUGUACAAAGUAUCGAGGAGAUUCGUUACGGAUGUUUACGCACACCAAGCUAAGAAUUAAAUACAAAACAGUGUUGUUUGAGUGUCCAUUGCACUUUGGAAAGGAGUAAAUAAUUUUUCUACUUUGAUAAACACCAUCAGGAGGGUUAAACAUUGGCAGAAUGCAACAGGAGGGAACACCUAAGUUCCUGAAGUAUCAUCAGGGUAGCGUGAGAAGCGUCGCAUUCAGUCCAAGGGAAAGGUACUUAUUUUGCUCCGGAGGUUACGAUGGAAAAAUUAUAUUCUACUCUGCCCUGCGGAUGGAGUCACUCAUGCACUAUCAGAUAACACCGCAUUAUAUCACCCAGGCCAAGAACGUCAAUGCUGUUAAAUUCACCUCAGAUGGAUCCAAAGUCAUUGCAGUUACCAAUGCUCGUAGAUUAGUGGUAAUUGAUGUUGAGAGAGGGACACAAUUGUUGAGUUACGACAAUUGUGCAUUUGGGGGAAAGGACCGCACUGGAUUGGCCACUGAUCCUGCUCGGCCGAAUUUAGCUAUUUCUGUUGCUGUCAAUGGAAAAGGAUUGACACUGGUUGACCUCAGGAUGCCUCUGCCACUAGAUUUUAUUUAUGACUUACAUCGCUCUGUCAUAAGGGAUAUAUGCUUUUUGCCGUCCUCGUGGCCAUGGCAAAAUUCAAUAUUGACCGGUGGUACCGAUGGUACAUGUAAAGUAUCAUCCCCCGAGGGACGGGUGUUGCAUUCUUUUCAGACUGGACACAGUGUCAACACUGUUUGUGUCACACCAGAGCCUUUCAGCAGAACCGCUGAAGAUGGAUAUUACAGUUUAAUAAUGAGUGGAGGUGAACUUGUAUCCGCUUACGUACCAAACACUGGUAUCCAGCAAUUGCUCAAGGAACACAAAGACUCACCAGUAUGGAAGUUGCGUUAUACUUCCAAUGGAAGUACUUUAUAUUCUGUCUGUGACGGAGGAAUUCUGAGACGUUACAGGAGGUACCCUGAUCACCAUGAGCACAUUGGUGAGGUCUAUCGUCACAAGGGAGAUAUUCAGGACCUUGAUGUCUCCGCCUGGGACGAAUACGUUAUCACGGCUUCCAAAGAUCGCAGCGUUGGAAUUCUUCUUCUCGGCUCGCCCAAUCACGGUUUCACAGAGUACACUGAACUCACCUGAUGUCUAAAAACAGUAAACUCCGUCCUGUCCACCGAUGUCAGCCGAACAAGCCCGAAAUUAAUGUUAAGAAUAUUAUUCAUGUUGAAUAUAAAUUUUUGUAACUUAAUAUUAAAAAUAAGACGUUGUUAUUUUAGUACAUAAGGAAUUUAUUGAGAUAUUGUACAGUGAAGGGAAUUGGAAGGAAAUAAAAGAG